GUUCUUCAAUUUUUUGUUCACUAUUUUUAAUUUUGUUUAUAUUUUCUUCAAUUAGUUUAUCAAAGUUAUGAUGUUCCAAUUUUUUCUUCAGCUUAAUAAUUCCUUUACUUUCAGUAUCCGUUUGUUCCUCAAUUUUCGGAAUUUGUUUGUAAAGCCUUUCAGCAUUAUUCUUAAUUUCUCCUUGUUGCGCAAGAUCCUUAUUUAGUGCCUUAAUUUCUUCAAUUUUUCUCUCAAGCUUUUUAAUUUGAUCUUCAUUCUUUUGAAUAUUCUCAAUUUCGAUAUUUUGUUUCUGAAUUUCUUCAUUUACAAUUUUCUCUUGCCCUUUAAAUUCUUCCUCAAUUUUUUCUAGCUUUUCAAUUUCUUUAAGGAUCUGUUUCUCAAUUUCGUUAUGGAUUUCUUCAUAAUAUCUGAAAAAUUAUUAAAUGAUUUACUAAUAUUUAGGGGAAUAUUAAUAAUUACUAUUGGUUGUGGAGUCUGUAUAAUUAUAGAAAGAGUUUACAAAAGUUUAGCCACCGGCACCGAACCUGCGACCACGACCACCUGCUAG